CCGCGAUGAAAAACGGGCUUUGUCUUAUCUACAGGUUGCAUUUCAUUUAAUAUUUUGCGCAUUUAUAAGUGAAAGGACACAUUACACCAAUUAAGAUUUAUUAAUAUAAGAUUAGCAGAAGGAUAUAAAGUUGUCAGUGAAAUAAUUUCAAUCUUUUGAAGGCUGUUAGGCUAUGUGCGUUUGAAUUUGAAGACAUUGAUAAUGGAUAACAGAAGAAAAGAGAAAAAUGAAGGGUAUGACAACGACGCAUACACGGCUGAUAGUUAUGUUGAUGUAGCUGACCAGACCGGAAGUUCUGAAAACGAUGUCUGGGCAUUACCGGAACUAGAGGUUGACUUUACUCCGUGGUCAGAAUUGUCGACUGGCGGGAAAGUCAAAAGGAUUCUAUGGCAUUAUAUAUGCAAGAUAAUCUUACUUCUUGGUUUCCUUUUCAUCUUCAUCUGUUCAUUGAGUUUCCUUGGUGACGCAUUCAAACUACUUGGAGGUAAGGCGGCGGGUCAAGCAUUUGCCGAAAACCAGAUAUUGUCAAACCCUGUAGCCGGUCUAAUGAUCGGGGUCAUGGCCACAGUGUUGUUACAAAGUUCAAGCACCACGACUUCCAUUGUUGUAUCAAUGGUUGGAGGAGGCGAUUUGCUUUCUGUAUCACUUGCAAUACCUAUUGUGAUGGGUGCAAACAUCGGGACCUCUGUUACAAACACCAUUGUUUCAAUUGGCCAGAUCACCAAUAAGAACGACUUUAGACGCGCAUUUGCUGGAGCUACAGUACAUGAUGUGUUCAACUGGUUGACAGUACUUGUUCUUUUACCAUUAGAAGUAAUAACAGGCUAUCUGGAAAAGAUAAGCAGUUUGAUGAUUGACUCGAUGGAUCUGCAGACGACCAAAGGCGGGAAAAUGGACUUCUUGAAAGUGAUAACUAAACCUUUUACAAAACUUAUAAUACAAAUUGACAAGAAGGUGAUUGAAAAGAUUGCUACAGGAAAGUUAAAAGAUGAUAGUCCAUCCAUUAUAAAACAUAUUUGCUGCGACAAAAUUAAAAACAAAACGUUAGAGGAAGUGAACGGGACAUUAAUUGAAACUGUUAAAUCUGUAAAUGUCAACUGUAAAAAUUGUAAAUUCCUCUUUGAAAGCGUAUCACGUGACGGUGGCUGGAGUGAUGCAGCCGUCGGAGCUGUUUUGUUGAUAAUCGCCCUUGUGUUGUUGUGUGCCUGUCUUGUUGCCAUAGUGAAACUUUUACAUUCGCUUCUAAGAGGUCAGAUGGCACACGUUAUCAGAAAGUUCAUCAACGCUGAUUUUCCAGGAGUAUGUAGUUACUUUACAGACUAUCUUGCUAUUUUGAUAGGGGCGGGAAUGACAGUUCUGGUUCAGUCGAGUUCAAUAUUUACCUCAUCGCUUACACCAUUAGUGGGAAUCGGCGUGUUGACUGUGGAGAGAAUGUACCCAUUGACCCUAGGUGCAAAUAUUGGAACAACUGCGACAAGUGUUCUUGCAGCAUUUGCACAGGAUCCAAGCAAACUUAAAAACUCUUUACAAAUUGCUAUAUGUCAUUUGUUCUUUAACUUAAGCGGUAUUUUACUAUUCUUUCCGCUACCGUUUUUUCGACCACCAAUUAGAGCAGCAAAGUUUCUCGGUACGCAGACAGCAAAAUAUCGUUGGUUUGCUGUGUUGUAUCUCAUUUUCGCAUUCUUCAUACUUCCUGGUGCAGGCUUUGCUCUUUCAGUUGUCAGUUGGAUAGCACUUGCAGCUGUGUUCAUUCCGAUUGGUGUCUUGAUUUUUAUUGUAUUCAUCAUAAAGGUCAUACAGGAAAAAUGUCCAAAAUGUUUACCGAAGAAAUUACGAAAUUGGAAAUGGUUGCCGGAAUGCAUGCGCUCAUUGGCGCCAUUUGACCGAUUUCUUAUGAAGAUAACCGGAAAUUGCUACUGCUGCAGAAAAGUCGGCUGCUGCAAAGCUUUGGCUAUUGAGGAAGGGGAGGAGAAGGAAACACCACAAAGAAUUGAGUCAGACGUCCAUCUUCGUAACGUAUCUCACGUCCAUAAUAAUUCAAAUUCAUAUAAUGUAGACACAAGAAUGUAAAACUCAGCCUAUAAUCUGUGUGAGAGCAGUUUGUGAUAGCAUAUGGUAAUUUAUAUACACGCAUUGCAUCUGAUAUAUUCAUAACUCACUAUUUGUUUUUGCCAUCAUGCAUAUAUGUUUUGUAUUUUAUUACAUUGAUUAUAUGUUUGGAAAAUAUCACUUUUUAGAUACAAUUGUAUUCAAAUGACUCAUGUAAUUUUUGAAAGAACAAAAAGAAUAGGUCGGAAUAGAUUGUGCUAAUUUUUCAUUAAAUUGCUUUUGACACAAUUUUAUGUAUGCACAACGAAGGCAUGUCGCACUGUUAGCUUGUUUCAAAAAUCCAUCCAAAAAGAUGGAUUAAGAAUUACGAAUGCAAUUAAGAAUCAAACAUGUAAUACAAUUAAACGAGUCAGUAUUG